AUACGUGUUAACAUUAGCAACUUACAAUACGUAUGACAAUCAGUGUCGUCAGAGCAAAUAGGGCAUAUCCUGAACCAAUUGAGUUGGUUCAAGCUGGUCGCAAUUCAUACGCCUGCUAUCCGCCACUACGACCUGACUUGUUUACACAAUCAUGAAGACGAUAGUGUGCGUGCUGGCAUGCAUGUGUGUGUCAUCUUAUUCCCUGCCACCGGAUAAGAUACAUGCUUUUCACAUCAUCAAAACACGUAGCAUAGAUUUGAACAAUGCUUACGGCUUAGCGAUGGAAACUAGACUAGAGAAAUCAGUUGAACCAACAGGCUACCGCUUAGAACUUGAACCGUAUCUAGAAGAUGCUAUAUUUGAAGGGCACGUGAGCAUCAACGUGACGUGGUUGGAAGAUGCGGACACAAUAAGCGUACAUUGCGCUCAUGAAAUUGAAAUCACUGAAUCGGAAGUCAAGGCGUACAUACCGAGUAAUUCGAAAGAAUUGCAGAAGAUUCCAAUCAAGAGAAUGAAUACUGAUCCAAAGAAGCCGAUUGUAACACUUCGUCUGGAGAAGGUGGUCCCGAAAUCGUCAAUUGGGUUCAUUAAUUUCAGUUUCAAAGGGAACAUGGAAACGUCGUCGACGGAAGCCUUCUUCAAAACAAUCUACGUCACUGACCAGGAGGUCGAGAGGAUGGUAGCAGGUACCCAAUUGCGUCCCAACAAUGCAAGGCGAAUGUUCCCAUGUUUCGACGAGCCCGGAUAUAAGACGCCUUUCGAGCUCAGUGUGGUGCGGCCUCGGGGUAUGGUAGCUCUUAGUAAUACGCCUGUAGCGAGAUCUGAAGAUAUAAAUGGAGAGCCAAAUGCGGUUUGGGAUCAUUUCGAGAGGACUCCGCCAAUGUCGACUUUCACAUUAGGCCUCAUAAUAGCUGAAUUGAAACAACUCGGUGAAUCCACUCGUUACAAAGACGAAAAUGGAAAUGAUAUCGAACUACGUGUGUGGGGUCGUCCCGAAUAUUUGCAAGCGCUGGAAGGUGUUAACGAGAAAGUAGCCCAAGUGUUUGGCGAAGUGGCCAACUUUUGGCAAGUGCCUCUUCCUUUACACAGACUUGACAUCGUCGCUUUGCCGAGCUAUUUUGGAAUCAGACCCGCUGAUAAUUGGGGACUGAUUGUUUUUAGAGAGAGUGACCUCAGUAGUCGGGGCUACCUGCAGUUGGCGCAAGAGAUCUCGUAUCAAUGGCUCGGCGCGCUCGCUACGCCCGCGUGGUGGAGCGAUGCGCACCUCAACAAAGCGCUCGUGGGCUACCUCGCUGCGGAGAUCGCAUUCAAGAUAAAUAACGGUUCAGAGAUGGAGGAGAGGUGGCCGAUGACGGUGCUGUAUUCCUUGUAUUAUGAGUUCAGCAAGCGUUACCCACACUCUCGCAUCACGGGCAUGAAGCAAGAAACCGCUUGUACCAAAAUAGAACUGCUCUUUCGCAUGUUUAACUAUACAAUCGGUGGAGACACGUUCAAGAAAGGAAUGAAGAUGUUCAUUGAAUCCAAAAAAUUCAAAACUUUUACCGGUGACGAUAUUUGGAAUGCUCUCAAUGCAGCUGCUAUUAGUGAUGGCAAGAUACCUAAAGAUGUAGAUGUUAAAACUGUAGCCAGUAGUUGGAUUGAGAAGGAUAGAUUACCACUUAUAACUGUUAAGAGGAAUUAUGAUACAAACUCGGCUAUGGUGACGCAGAAAGUCUAUCUUCGUGAGCGGCCCCAUGACGUGCCAGACGCAGCCAAGAUGCUUUGGUGGGCACCGUUGGUAAUGGCUCGCGGUGACAAUCUCGACUUUACAAACACAACACCAGUCGCAUGGAUGCGUAAUCACAAGGAUCUAAAUCUCGUUAAUUUGCCUGAUAAAAAUCAUUUCAUUAUCGUCAAUCCUGAGGAAAUCGCACCCUUUCCCGUUAACUACGAGAAAGAUAACUGGAACCUAUUGUCUGCAUACCUCCAAAGUGAACAGAGGACUAAAAUACCAGAACUGACAAGAGCCAAACUUUUACACGAUGCAUGGAACUUAGCAUAUGCUGGCGAACUAUCUUUUGCUACAGCAUUCAAUAUGACAUUGUUUAUGAGACAUGAGAGACAUCACCUGGUAUGGGAUCCAGUUUUUACAAUGAUCGACCAUAUUGGAAGGCAUAUAUGCUCCAGUAUCCAUGAUAAGUUCCGGGCUUAUGUGCGCAUAUUAUUGACUCCACUGUAUACUGAGCUGACAAAAGAAGUGAGGGACGAUGAGGAAAAUUGGAAAAAGAACCUUCGUAGUUUGACUAAGACUUUCCUCUGCCGAGCUGGUUACAAGCCUUGUGUGAUGGAAUCCCAGGAGCAGUACGCCAAAUGGAUCCAAGCUCCUAACCCCGAUGAAGGGAACCCAACAUCCAACCAAUACAUCUGCCCAGUAUUUAAAUGGGGCACACAAAAAGAGUGGAACUUCGGACUCCAGAGGGUGAUAAACUUCCCUCCAUCAAGGAAACAGAGUGAAAGGACAUACCUUCUAAAGACCCUCGCUGGUUGUCCAGUGGAUGAAUAUAAAGUUCACAAAUUGUUGAACAUAACUGUUCUGGAGGGCAAUGGAAACUUCACAGAAACUGACCUGUUCCUUAUAUUCAGCAUGUUGACUGGUAACUCUCAAGGUUACACGGCUCUAUUUCAUUUCCUUAAUGAUAACUGGGAUGUUCUUAAGGAGAAAUUCUCCAGCAAAACUAACAUCUGGGAUAACUUGAUCACUUCGGCGACGUCACAGUUCACGACCCAAGCUGGAUUGGAGCUGGUUUCUAACCUGUAUGUGGCUCACCAAGGGGAAUUCGGUUCAGCGGAACAUAUAAUAGAGAAAUCGAUGAGGAACAUCAGGGAAGAAGCUAAAUGGUCGGCAGAAAAUUUACCAGUUAUCGAGAAAUGGUUAGACGAUUAUCUCAGUAAAGCUGACGUUAAAGAUGACCAAUUUGUUAGAAACUAAAUGUAUAUUUAAGAAAAAAUAGAAGAUAAUUUAUAGUUUGUAUAAAUAUUUUUAUAUGAUGAAUGUUAUUACUAUAUACAAAUUGUAAAUGACAGUUUGAGAAAAUAAAUUAAAUGAGGAAAAUGUA